GUACAACCAGAAAUAAUAUUGUUUUAACUGCUAAAGUUUUGGUUGUUGCUUUUACUUUUUGACUUAUCUCUUGUCAUGUCGUUAUUGUUCUUCGUCUAUAUUUACAGGGAAGAUGUUUGUAGGACUCUCUCUGAAUUUAAUCUGUCAUGUCAACUUUUGUGGGAAGUUAAUGUGUUUCUCAAACCCUAAUUAUAUCUAUAUGUCGAAUGUUUGGACGCUCUGAUGUUUUUAGUGCUAUGGAUUUUUCUGCCUUGCUAUUCUUUCCUUUAUCCCAUGUCAAAUUUUUACUUUCUUUGUAUUCCUAUGCUUCCUAGAUAUGGGGCCUAAAAGCUUAGUGUUUCUUGUUAUUCACCUGCCUCCAUAUUAUGGUAGAUUUAGAGUAGUCAUGUGAAUUACUCGCAUACCCAAUCUUUCCCCAUGGAUAAGGAACCGCGCCAAACUAGCUAUGUACCAUUUUCCUUGACAUGAUGUAAAGGCACAACCAUUGAUAAAAAAAGGCUUAGGACCAUUGGAUUCUGAUUUGGUUAAACUUUUAACCUACACAUAGAUAGUGAAUUUUCAAAUCUUCAUUAAUUAAACAAAAGAAGCUGAACAUUCCCAAAACCUGGCUUAGAGAAAAAUAAGAAAACAAUGAAACAAAUGGGAAAAAGAAAAAGAAAAAGGAACGUUUAUGUUUAUAACUUAAAGAGUCUCAGACAGUUUCUGUUGAGUUCUUAGAUACGGAUCUUGUUUUAACUAGUUUACAAGUAGUUGACUUUGUUUACAGUGUAUAUGUGACUGUAGAUAGCUUAUGGAGUAGUUUUGUUGUCCUAUACAUAUCUUUUGUUGUACUUGUUAGUUAAAUAUGUUCAUCAUAUAACUGUAGAGCAAGUGCCAAUUCUCUUGGGCAUAAUACCUUCCAAUAUAUUGGAGGAGAAUAACUUUUGGAGAUAAAUGAUAGAUGUAUCAGCCAAAGAGUGUUCAUAAUUCAAGCCUAGUCCAAAAAAAACUCGCUAGUUCAUGGUCAGCAUUUAGAUUGUGUUAUGGACCCAAUCAGUGGAGGAAACGGUCACGACAACGCCAGUCUUGCCUCGAAGCAACGCUUGCGUUGGACACAUGAGCUUCAUGAACGUUUUGUUGAUGCUGUGGCACAACUUGGUGGGCCUGACCGGGCUACACCCAAAGGUGUCCUCAGAGUAAUGGGUGUUCAAGGUCUAACAAUAUAUCAUGUCAAAAGCCAUUUACAGAAAUACCGGCUUGCAAAAUAUCUCCCUGACUCGUCAUCAGAUGGGAAAAAAGCUGAUAAGAAAGAAACUGGGGAUACGCUUUCAAGUUUGGAUGGUUCAUCUGGGAUGCAAAUAAAUGAAGCACUCAAGCUGCAGAUGGAGGUGCAGAAGCGACUGCAUGAGCAAUUAGAGGUUCAGAGGCAGCUACAGUUACGGAUAGAAGCCCAGGGCAAAUACUUGAAGAAGAUAAUCGAGGAGCAACAACGAUUUGGAGUUCUUUCAGAAACAUCUGGUUCUGGGGUACCAGGUCCAGCAUCAGGUGACAAUUGCCCAGAUUCUGACAUUAAGACUGACCCAGCAACCCCUGCCCCAACCUCCGAGGGCCCCCUACAAGACAAGGCCGCCAAGGAACGUGUCCCUGCCAGCCUUUCCAUUGAUGAAUCUUUCUCAUCUCACCAUGAACCAUUGACUCCAGAUUCUGGUUGCCAUCUCAGUUCCCCAGCUGAGAGUCCCAAAGGCGAAAGGUUGAUUAAGAAGCAAAGAGUUCUUGUCGGUGGAGCAUAUGCUAAACCAGAAAUGGUGCUUCCACAUCAGAUACUUGAAUCGAGUUGCAUGUCAUACCAGCAGCAACACUCCAUUUUUCUGUCCAGAGAGCAGUUUGAACCUUCAUCAGGUAUAUCAAUCAGGAAUGAAGAUCACAUGGAAAAGUUUGGGCCAAACUGAUGUGAUACUGCGCAGGCUAAUAACAUUUUUUGUUGUCUGUAGUUUCUUCAGAGUAUAUAUCUCUAAUUUAGUCAAAGAACUCUUUAUCACAAAUGUACUGGGAUGAUAAUUUCAGCAUGGAGACAUUUCCAUAAGAGAUAAUGGUUUACUAAAUUCAGAGAAUUGUUGUAAACAGAUGCUGGGAUUUGGUUCAAUUAUCAGGUGCUACUUGUAACAUGGACACCCAGAUACUUAAUAAAUGAGAUAUGAAUCCCUUGCCAUUCAAA